UUGAGUCCUCCACAGUGGCAAAUGUGUGACUCGACCUUCGAGAUGAGAACAUACCAUGAGGUGGCGCAAAGGGAUAUGUGACGAAUUUCUAAUAUUAAAGUCAUUAAUGUAUUUGCAUGGCGAACGGGAAGAACCAGCAUCCUUUUUGGGGAACGAGAAUAUAUCCUACUAUAGUAUUUAUCAGCUCCGUUUAAACUAAACACGGUGAAAAUGUUUCGAAGACAGGAUCUGUAGCGCAUCCUGGGGAUAGAUUUAAUUGAUUAAUAAGGCAGACGGACAGUGAUGCCAUGGAGUUUGGGGAAAGGAAGAGAAGAAGGAAGUCACAGAGCUUUAAGCUGGUCACGGAUGAAGAUUGUGUCCCUUCAUAUAUGAUGAACUCUAGCCUCACCGAUGUGCCUAAAGAUGCUGCUGUUCCUGAUGUGUGGCUGGGGGACGAGGGCGUGGAGAUCAAGAGGCAAAUCACAGGAAUGAUGAGGCUUCUGAGUGAUAAGACCGGCAGGGUAUAUCAUCGUGUCGUCACAGAGCAGGAAAGCUCUACAAAGGAUCCUCAGGACAGGCAUCUGACCUGGGUACAUCAGCCUGCAACCUCAUCUCUUGUAUCAGAGGACCACCAGAGCAACAGCUGGAACUCUGCAGGGGACCCAGGCCCUUUACUGUCAUCCAUUUCCACCCCCAUCCCCAACGGUCUAAGUUGUGGCCAGUGCAGCACCCGCUCCAAAGCCCUGAGAAGCUUCAACAAUACCAAGGAUCCGAUCAAAGUGAAUGAAGAUAAUGAUGUAGGCCCUCCCGCUCCGACAGAAGCCCCCUGCUGUAUGUGUAACUGUAAGGGCACCUUACAGGCUAUUUUGCAGGAACUGCGUGCCAUGAGGAGGCUGAUGCACACUCAAAAAGCAUCCUUGGAAAGACAGGGAGAAGCAGUAGCAUCAUGCCAACCCUGUCUUUGUCCAGUCCCCGCAGCUCACCGUAGGCCUCGCAAAAGGAGGCCGACCUCUAAAGUGGCACCAGUGGAUGUUUCUAGUACUAGAGGAGCUGCUCUUGGCCCUCUGGCGGCAUCACCACUUAUAGAUGCACCUGCAGAAUCUGGAAAGAGGGAGGAAUGUGAGAAAGAGCAAGGCUCAUCUCCACCCAACAGUCAUUCUGUCUCGUCUGAGGUUUCUCUGCUGCCACCUCAGAAAAAUCCAGUAACUAUUGACAACAGACACCAUCCUCUCCUUAACCAACUAAAGGAACAUCAGUCAAUAGAGUCUGAGGUGCGUCUUGCAGAGGAUCAUAACGUGUAUAUCUCAAAAGCUCAGCUAGACUCUAUUCUGGUCAACUAUACACGCUCUGGCAGCCUGCUGUUCAGGAAACUGGUGUGUGCCUUCUUUGACGAUACGACGCUGGCUAACUCCUUGCCUAACGGUAAAAGGAAGAGAGGGCUCAAUGAUAACCGCAAGGGCUUGGACCAAAACAUUGUGGGCGCCAUUAAAGUGUUUACAGAGAAAUACUGCACUGAACAUAGAAUAGAGAAGUUGCCUGGGCCACGAGACUGGGUUCAGAUCCUUCAAGAUCAGAUCAAACUUGCCAGGAGGAGGCUGAAAAGAGAUGCUGCAGAAGCAGAAGUCUUAAAUGAACCUUCCACAAGCUGCGACUAUAGCAAGCCUGCAAGCGUGAAGGGGACGGUCGUUAACAUGACGGGUUGAUUCAAUGGCGGCCACACUGGCCUUGCACAUUUGUUAUUUGUCUUCAUUACUUCUCCAACGUGAUGCAUUUUGCCACUUCAGAUUUUUUCUUUGCAGCUGCAUCUGCGCUCUCCCACGGAGGUGAAGGGAAAAAACAAAAGCACCCAAGAAAGAAGAAGCCUGCUUAAUGAUUUUCUCUCUCUCUCUUUCUCUUUCUCUCUCUCUCUCUCUCUCUCUCUCUCUCUCUCUCUCUCUCUCUCUCAUACACCUGCUCCAGCUCCAGCUUUUGUGGUCCUUUUUACUGGACAGAUACUGGUAUCUGGUUUUUCAUGCCAAAAGACACUGAACUAUACAGUGGAGAAAAAAAAGAAGAGUCAGAAAAUGUUCAUGUUUGUGACUCACUAUUUACAUUAUAAGCUCCAGCUUUAACGUGCCAGUUUUCAAAUGACAUUAAAUCAAGACAAAGCAGGAUCGUAGUAUACAAUUUACAUAUUUAGCACAAAUUACCUUUUAAAAGGAUUUUGCAUUUUAAGUAACCAAUACUUCAAUGGGUGUAAUAUGUAGUGCAGGGGCAACCUUAAUUUUAAACAUUACAACCAAAAGUAGAUUGCUGAUGUAUUUUAAAAUAGGUUGAUAGGCUAAUUGAUUGAAAAUAUAGCAUAUGAAGUAUUCUAUGAUUAGUUUUUUCAAUUUUUGUCAUUAUUAGAAUCUCUAGGCUAUGCAUAUCUAUUGUGCAAUUGUUAUUAAUACUGUGAUGGAAUUACACUUUUCAUAAUGUUUUGCCCACUGUGCAUAUGACAUGAAUAGUUGUUUCCACCAUUAAAUAUGGUUUCCUGGUAA